CCGGGGCGCCCCUGCACAGCCCGGAGUGGAGCGAGGAGCGCUUCCGCGUGGACAGGAAGAAACUUGAGGCCAUGUUACAAGCUGCUGCCGAAGGAAAAGGCAAAAGUGGGGAAGACUUUUUUCAAAAGAUCAUGGAGGAAACAAAUACACAGAUUGCUUGGCCGUCAAAGCUGAAGAUCGGAGCCAAAUCCAAGAAAGAUCCCCAUAUUAAGGUUUCUGGAAAGAAAGAAGAUGUUAAGGAAGCCAAGGAAAUGAUCAUGUCUGUGUUAGACACAAAAAGCAAUCGGGUCACCUUGAAGAUGGACGUCUCGCAUACAGAACAUUCCCAUGUAAUCGGCAAAGGUGGCAACAACAUUAAAAAGGUGAUGGAAGAAACAGGAUGCCACAUCCACUUUCCAGAUUCCAACAGGAAUAACCAAGCAGAAAAAAGCAACCAGGUUUCCAUAGCAGGACAGCCAGCAGGAGUUGAGUCUGCCCGAGUGAGAAUUCGGGAGCUGCUUCCUUUGGUGCUGAUGUUCGAGCUGCCGAUUGCUGGAAUUCUUCAGCCGGUUCCCGAUCCUAAUUCCCCCUCCAUCCAGCACAUAUCACAAACAUACAACAUUUCAGUGUCCUUUAAACAGCGCUCCCGAAUGUAUGGUGCUACUGUCAUAGUCCGAGGGUCUCAGAAUAACACUAGCGCUGUGAAGGAAGGAACUGCCAUGCUGUUGGAACAUCUUGCCGGGAGCUUGGCGUCUGCUAUUCCCGUGAGCACUCAGCUCGAUAUCGCAGCUCAGCAUCAUCUCUUCAUGAUGGGUCGAAAUGGAAGCAACAUCAAACAUAUCAUGCAGAGAACGGGUGCUCAGAUCCACUUUCCCGACCCCAGUAAUCCACAAAAGAAAUCCACCGUCUACCUCCAGGGCACCAUUGAGUCUGUCUGUCUUGCAAGGCAAUAUCUCAUGGGUUGUCUUCCUCUUGUGUUGAUGUUUGAUAUGAAGGAAGAAAUUGAAGUUGACCCACAGUUUAUUGCUCAGUUGAUGGAACAGCUGGAUGUCUUCGUUAGUAUUAAACCGAAACCAAAACAGCCGAGCAAGUCUGUGAUUGUGAAAAGUGUUGAACGAAAUGCCUUAAAUAUGUAUGAAGCAAGAAAAUGUCUCCUCGGACUUGAAAGCAGUGGGGUUACCAUAGCAACCAGUCCGUCCCCAGCAUCGUGCCCCGCCGGCCUGGCCUGUCCCAGCCUGGAUAUCUUAGCCUCGGCAGGCCUCGGACUCACUGGACUAGGUCUCUUGGGCCCCACCACCUUAUCUCUAAACACUUCGACAACCCCGAACUCACUCUUGAAUGCGCUUAAUAGCUCCGUCAGUCCUUUGCAAAGUCCAAGUUCUGGCACCCCCAGCCCCACGUUGUGGGCACCCCCACUUGCUAAUACUUCAAGUGCCACAGGCUUUUCUGCCGUACCACACCUUAUGAUUCCAUCUACCGCCCAAGCCACGUUAACCAAUAUCCUGUUGUCUGGAGUGCCCGCCUAUGGGCACACAGCCCCCUCCCCCCCUCCCGGCUUGACUCCUGUCGAUGUGCACAUCAGCAGUAUGCAGACAGAAGGCAAAAAAAUCUCUGCUGCUUUAAAUGGACACGCGCAGCCUCCGAACAUAAAAUAUGGUGUAAUAUCCACUUCAUCGCUUGGAGAGAAAGUGCUGAGUGCGAAUCAUGGUGACCCGUCCAGACAGACAAGUGGAUCGGAGCAGGUGUCUCCCAAACCAAAUCCUGCCGAAGGCGGUAACGAUGCUUUUGUGGAAGUAGGCAUGCCGCGGAGUCCUUCCCACUCGGGGAACGCGGGCGACUUGAAGCAGAUGAUGGGUCCCACCACGGUUUCCUGUGCCAAGAGGCAGACGGUGGAGCUCUUGCGCGGCACGAAGAACUCCCACUUACACAGCACUGACCGGCUGCUCUCAGACCCAGAACUGAGCACUGCAGAGAGCCCUCUGGCUGACAAGAAGGCUCCAGGGAGCGAGCGAGCUGCAGAGAGGGCCGCAGCCGCCCAGCAGAACUCUGAAAGGGCCCGCCUGGCCUCCAGGCCGUCAUAUGCCAACAUGCAGGCAUUUGACUAUGAACAAAAGAAGCUAUUAGCAACCAAAGCUAUGUUAAAGAAACCGGUGGUGACGGAGGUCAGAACACCUACAAACACCUGGAGCGGCCUUGGGUUUUCUAAAUCCAUGCCAGCCGAGACCAUCAAGGAGCUGAGAAGGGCCAACCACGUGUCCUAUAAGCCCACAAUGACAACCACUUUUGAGGGCUCAUCAGUGUCCCUCUCGAGGUCCAACAGCCGUGAGCACUUGGGAAGUGGAAGCGAAUCUGAUAACUGGAGAGACCGAAAUGGAAUAGGACCUGCCAGCCAUAAUGAAUUUGCAGCUUCUAUUGGCAGCCCCAAGCGUAAACAAAACAAAUCAACGGAACACUAUCUCAGCAGCAGCAAUUACAUGGACUGCAUUUCCUCGCUGACAGGAAGCAAUGGCUGUAACCUAAACAGCUCUUUCAAAGGCUCUGACCUCCCCGAGCUCUUCAGCAAACUGGGUCUGGGCAAAUACACAGACGUCUUCCAGCAGCAAGAGAUCGAUCUUCAGACAUUCCUCACUCUCACAGAUCAGGAUCUGAAGGAGCUGGGAAUUACGACUUUUGGUGCCAGGAGGAAAAUGCUGCUUGCAAUCUCAGUUUGUGACUCUGUUCAGAUCCGCAACAAGAUCCUGAGAGCUGCCAGGAUUGUGUGACCCUUGGAAUUU